CAUGGCCGAGCAGGCGACUGACUACGACAUCCAGUGCUGCGUGCGCGUGUACCAUGGACAGCAGCCGGUGUGUGCGGUGCCGUACGUGCCCGUCGAGAAGAGCAGACAGGCCGACAAGCUGUGUGCCACAUGUCUGGUGCCGUGUGCUGGCGGUGGCGGCAUCUGCGGCAAACAGAACACCUUCCGCAAUAUGGUCAACUCUCACCUGCGCAAAACACACAAACUGACAGAGGCCGACCUGCUGCAGGUCAGUGGACAGACAGACUCACAUGGACGGAAACGCUCUCAUUUCGCUGUGUGUGUGUGUAGGGUUUUGCUACCGUUCGCGGCCCAUCGGUGCCGGAGACGCCCACCAACACACGUACACAACGAAGCCGCUCUCUCUAUCGCUUAUCAUUCCACGGUGUCUCUCUGCUGUUGGUGUGCAGCUUGCCAGACCUUUUCGUUUGCCGGCAUGGUGAUCGACAAGACGCAGGCCGACACCUAUGGCAGCCACAUGUCGGCUGGGUCAUCGACCACCGACACACAGACAAUGCCGUGAGCACACACAACACCAGAAGCACCACAGAUGCAGUCAUCCCAUUCCUCUGUGUGUGGUGCUACUGUCUUUGAGUGCAGGCCAUCCCUCGUCGACGUGCUGCCGAUCGGCGGCAAAGAGAUGCCGCAGCCGCAUUUGUCCGACAUGAUGCCUCUCGGCAGCUAUGGGGCUGCAGCUGGAGUGACCGGCAAUGUCAACCAGAUGGAAUUGUAAGCAGCACUGAAUCAGCAGCGAUGAGGACAGAUGGGCAGAUGUGUAUGGUGGCAUGUGCAUGCAGGCCAUUUUUGGACUACUACCAGCCGAACAGCAGCGACUCCUGGAUGGCAUCCAACAGCGACAAUGAGGAGGACGGUAAACGGCACUGACGACACGAGGACAGAAAGGCGGCUCAAGUGAAGCGUCAGGUUCGAUGAUGUGCUCGUUAGGUUUUGGUGGCAGCGGGCUUGCUGCUCCGCCCCCGACGCUUAAUGGCGGCUGCAAGCCCCUCGGUCGCGCAGAUGAAGAGAUCGACAUUGUGAUGCAGCAGGUAAGCAAGACACACGAAACGACCUGUGAGGGAGUUCAGCCGUCUGUGUGUGUUCUCGUUCAGUCGCUCGAUGAGUGGCUGAAUGUGCUCGGCUAGUCGUACCCAGUGAGUCGACACGUUGGAGACGGUUUUUUCUGUACGGGGAUGGUGUAUCGCGGUGUGCUCGAGUGCCUUGACCGAGUGCCGUGACGUUUUUACACCGAUGACGCCUGUGUGUGAGCGUGUGUGGACGAGGGAACACUCAUGGGGCGCAUGUAAGAGUUUUCGGGGGAGUUUAUAUCAGUCUAUCUGGGAGGGGGGGACGGAUGAGAGAGUGAUCGGAACAGUCCAUGUCUGCAGUUGGCUCCGUAUGCGAGACAACCACUGCAUGAGGGCAUGUGUGUGUGUGUGUGUGUGUGUGUCCACACUGG